AUGAAUGAAUUAAAAGAUGUCGAAAUUUCUGAGUAUGCUCCAAAUGUUAUCGAGCGAAAACAGAGAGUAUCUUAUGUAAUGAUGGUUGUUAUAUCUGUUGUGAUUGUAUUUUCUCUGAUAUUUGGACUAUUUUACGCUCAGAACGUUUUAUCAUCUGUUGAUAUACAUUUUUCUAAAAGGAAUACUUCAUUAAUUCUCUUAAAUAAUGGUCCAAAUACAGAUUCUGUAGAAUUUGAACUAUAUUUUAGUGAAAAAAUUCCAAAACCUCUUCAUUACAAACUGGAAAUCAUCGGCACUCACAAUGAGAAAUUAAAGAUAACGAAUAUUCCAGUAAGUAUACAACAUUUAGUUGGAACAACUGGUAAUACUCAUCAAGUUUCAACAUUAAGUACAACAUUUCAAUUUAAUAUAGACGCAAACAAAACAAAGCCGAAAACAAUGUAUUAUACAGUAAUUCCAUCCAAUAAUUCAACAUUUUCUUACGUAUUCAAAACAAAAGGUUUUCAAUUUUCUCGUUAUUACUCGAAUUUAUAUUAUUUGGACUCAGACAUAACACCAUUAGUUUAUUUACGAAAUAAUAUGCUUAAUAUUACCUUUAUUUCUUUCAUGAUUCUCAUAAUUCAGUAUUAUUUAUGUAGAAAGUCUUUCACAUCAUCAAUGGCGCUUAUCAUCGGAAUAUUUGCUGUAAUUGCAUUUAAUCCAAGUGUAAUUAAGCAAGCAUCUAACGAUUUUAUUAAUAUUUACAGACAAAUUUCUUAUUCUCUAUUUCUAGCCAUAUAUUACGCUGCUGUUCCAACAAUUGCGCUUUCUUAUUACCCAUUUUCCAAUUUGCUACCAACAUUAUGUUUCUCAUUCUUCGUUUUGUUUUCAUUUUUGUUAUUUAUUUCAGUUUUUCCACUUUUUACGCCUAGACAUCAGCCAUUUUACAUCAUCGAUGGAUUUAAUGAAUAUCCGGACUCCGAAGCACUGAUUUUUGCAUUGCCAUUGAUUGGAUUUCUUUCGAUUUUCGGAAUAAUUCUUCUUGUCAUUGCCACUUUCUUCGUAAAAGGGUCUGAUUUAGUCAAAAUACUACUUGCUAUUGCUAUUCAGCUCUAUUCUACGUGUACAACGCUUUGGACAACUUUCAGACCUUUAUCUUUCCCAGAAAUCAUAAAAUUGCACCAGCACGUUGGGUUGUUUUAUGAUGGUAUAGUACAUGUUAUCUGUUCCCUUGUCUUUGCCCUCAUUUUUACUAAUUUUGAUACCGAAAUUGAUAUGGAAUAA